AUGACUGUUGAGGAUUGGAAGAAGGUGGUAUGGUCCAAUGAGAUGAAGAUCAACUUCUUUGGACCAGAUGGGAAGCAGUUCUGUUGGAUUAAGAAUGCCAGCUUCAACAGCAAGCUUGUCAGGCCAACAGUCAAGUUUGGCAGUGGCUCCAUCAUGAUCUGGGGCUGUAUGACAUGGGAAAGGGUCAGAGGUAUAUGCUUGGUGCUGGGAUCAAUGAAUUCAGACCAAUACAUUGAUAUCUUGAAUGACAAGCUUGUGAAAACAAUCUCAGAUUUGCAGCUUCAGCAUGCAUACACCAACAUCAUGUUUCAGCAAGACAAUGACUCAAAACACAUGUCAAAGAAGACAACAAUGUGGUUGGAAAGCAAUAGCAUUAAGGUUAUGCAAUGGCCAGUGCAGUCACCAGACUUGAACCCAAUUGAACACCUCUGGCACCAUCUCAAAAUGCAACUUUCAUGGUAUAGUAUGAUUGCAAAGUCCAGGGCUGAACUGCUCAAGAGAUGCAAAGCUGAAUGGACAGCAAUCACUCCAGAGACAUGUAGGAUACUAAUAGAGAGCAUGCCAGACUGCAUCAAGGUGGUUCUGAAGGCCAAAGGAGGGAAAAUGAAGUACUAA